AAAACCUCCGCAAAAACCCUAAACCCUCUGGUAAUGUCUCCAUCUCUGUCUGUGAGCUAACUCGCCUGACUUGUCAUCUUUUCCGAUUCCUAUUCUCCGAUCAACCAAACACUCUUUAAUAUCUAACCGUAAAUCUCUGUUUUCUAUCUUAAACACUGAAAAUCCAUACUCCCAAUCAACAACAAACGAAAUGAGGAAGCCGAAAUCCAAGUCUAGAACGCAGCGCAAGCAGCGCAGAGUAGUAGAAGUGGAAGAAAUUUCGUUAUUGAAUGAAUGGAUCGAGUCCCAAAAACCUGAAUCCGGGUCUAAUCCUUUGGCUCUUCCACCUCUUCCAUCUGAUGCUCCGAUUGGACGCCUACCAGAUGGCACUUUCUCGCGCUACCCAGGAGCUACCAAGUUCAGCGAAUUGCCUAUAUCGAAGAAAACAAUAGAUGGAUUGAAGAAAGCUCAUUAUGUUUCCAUGACUGAGAUACAGAGAGCCUCCUUGCCUCAUGCGCUUUGUGGGAGAGAUAUUCUUGGUGCUGCUAAAACUGGGUCUGGAAAGACCUUGGCUUUUGUUAUACCUGUUCUGGAGAAGUUACAUAGAGAGAGAUGGGGACCUCAAGACGGGGUAGGCAGCAUCAUAAUAUCUCCCACAAGGGAGUUAGCUGGUCAACUUUUUGAUGUAUUGAAAGCUGUAGGAAAAUACCAUAAUUUUAGUGCUGGCCUCCUAAUUGGUGGCCGCAAGGAUGUUGAUACUGAGAAGGAGCGGGUUAAUGAGCUGAAUAUUUUGGUUUGUACUCCUGGUCGGCUUCUUCAGCACAUGGAUGAGACUCCAAAUUUUGAUUGUUCACAACUUCAGGUUUUAGUCCUUGAUGAGGCAGAUCGGAUUCUUGAUGUUGGCUUUAAGAAGGCUUUGAAUGCAAUUGUUUCACAGCUACCUCAGCAUAGACAAACCUUGCUUUUCUCUGCAACUCAAACAAAAUCUGUUCAUGAUCUUGCACGGCUUAGUUUAAAGGAUCCAGAGUAUGUUGGUGUGCAUGAGAAAUCUACAACAGCAACUCCCAGUCGCUUGCAGCAAACUGCAAUGAUAGUUCCUCUUGAGCAAAAGCUGGACAUGUUAUGGAGUUUUAUUAAGGCACAUCUUAAUUCGAAGAUUCUGGUAUUUCUUUCAAGCUGCAAACAGGUGAAAUUUGUCUAUGAAGCAUUUAAGAAAUUGCGGCCUGGGAUUCCGUUGAAGUGUCUUCAUGGAAAAAUGAAGCAAGGGAAAAGGAUGGUAAUCUAUUCCCAAUUCUGUGAGAAGCGUUCAGUUCUCUUCUCAACUGAUGUGGCAUCAAGAGGCCUUGAUUUUAAUAAGGCAGUUGACUGGGUUGUCCAGGUGGACUGUCCUGAAGAUGUUGCAUCCUACAUACAUAGGGUUGGUCGCACUGCUCGCUAUCAAUCUGGAGGAAGGUCGGUGUUAUUUUUGACACCUUCAGAAAUGAAAAUGCUUGAAAAAUUACAAGAAGCAAAAGUACCUAUACAGUUUAUCAAGGCAAACACUAAAAGAUUGCAACCAGUUUCUGGUUUAUUGUCAGCUUUACUGGUCCAAGAUAAAGAUAUGCAGGACUUGGCUAAAAGGGCCUUCAUAACAUAUAUCCGGUCCAUCUAUAUUCAAAAAGACAAGGAGGUGUUUGAUGUAAUGCAGCUACCAAUUGAUGAAUUUUCUGCCUCAAUGGGUCUACCGAUGACACCGAAACUCCGUUUUCUGAAUCAGAAAAUUAAGGGAAAGAAGAAAGUACAAAUUGAAUUGGACAGUCAUGAUGAGGAUAAUGCAGAUCCAGCAAGUGGUGGAUUCAGUGAAAAAGAUUCGGGAGGACAUUCAGAGAAGCUAGAUAUUGGUGAUUUUGGGGAAGAAACUGUGGGAAAAAGUGAACUUCUGCUAGCUAAGGGUUCUGAAUGUGGAAGUGAACCAAAAGCAAGUGAACUUGAGUCUGUCAUACCUGCAACUCGAGUUUUGAAGAAAAAGAAGUUGAAGAUUAAUAUCCAUAGGCCGUCAGGAAAAAAGGUUGUCUUUGAUGAGGAAGGCAAUACACGUCCUCCACUUGCAAGGAUAGGUGAUGCCAGGAAUGUCGAUAUUUCAUCUCUACUUGAUCAAGGCAAAAGAGAGGAAUAUUAUAAGAAGGCAAGGGAAGAUUUAAAACAAGCAGACAAAGAGGAUAAGCUUCUGGACCGCCAGCGUCGCCGGGAGAAACGAACCAAGGAAAAGAUGAAGCGGAAGAAACAGACUGCAGAAGAAAAGGAAGAGGAUAAUGAAGAUGAUCUUUCUGGGUCAGAGGGGGAAAGAAUAGGUGACAGGAACCGCAAGAGGACGAAGAUAUAUUUUGAUAGCGACAAUGACGAUGGUAACGCAGUAGGGAAGAGAGAGAACCUAGUGAAUACUGAUUCUAUUUCUCUAGCAGAGCAAGAAGCUCUAGCUCUCAAGUUACUGAACUCUAUGUGAACUCACAGAUUCCAUGGAUUCUUUUUUUGCCUGAUGCAAUCACAAGUCGGUAGUUCUUAUACCCUUUCUAGCAUCUGGAAUACAUGACCAUACUAUGUUCCAAUUUCUUUUUUUUUUUUUGUCAGUAAGGUGGAGAGUGUAUAAGCCAGGAAAAAGUUGUCAUUUGGUUCUAUUAAUUUAAUUUUCUGGGUAAUCCGUUUUGCUUCAA